GAAAAAAGGUCGACUACACCAGAAGAGAGGAUGAUGGACGUUCUCUCGCCUCAGGGUAUAUAAAAGCUCGUUCCGUACAAAGUACCCGAAAAACGAUCGUUCUGCGUUCCGUGUGCAAUUGACUCGUGUCCGCAAAAUCCCCGUCGUAGCGAACAUGGACCUUAAAGUUCUGCUGAGCGUUGCCACUGUCGUCGCAGCGAUGGGACUUGCAUCAGCCAGACCGCAAGAACACUCACAAACAUGGAAAGGUCUGCCAACGAUGGUUGUCAUGAUGCAACUGUCAGAUGAUGCGGCGAACCUGAAAGAGGAGCAGAGCAGCUCGCUGUCAACGGGCGAGAGCACGGCUGGCAGACCAUCGUUGAUGAUCAUCCGACUCAGACCCGUUCAAUCCGAUUCAACUGACAGCCGACUUGGUACCCCGGCGAUCGACGCCCUCGCGAAGAAUAGAAGCAACGAUAGGACUGACGACGAUGCCAUUCUGAAGCAAAGUCGCGGUACCGAUGACAGCAACGUCAGUGUCGAAAAAAGUCGUACCGACGACCACAACAGCGAAGCCAUUCUGAAGAUGAGUCCCACCGACCUCGACAAUACGGAUUUUAUUCUUGGGAAAACUCGUACCGGUGUCGUUGACGAGGCCAUUCCUACAGAAAUUCCCACCGACGUUAGUGGCAGCAACGCUGCUACAGAGGACAGCAGCAGGGGCAUGAAAGUCAGCAAUGGCUAUGCGAAGGACAUUGGCAUUGGCACGAAGAUGAACCUCAUCAAGAGUUCCGAUCACCCUGCAUCAGGCUCCCAGCACGUCCCGACAUUAUUCAUCCGAGCAAGCGACGAUGGAACCGCAUCAAAGUCGACUUCGGCAUUGGGAAGUGAUUCUGAAUUGGAACGGCCGAGUCUUUAUCCUCGUCAACAAACCUUGUUGCGAUACGCUCAUCCAGCAAGGUACAUUUAGAUACUCCAAAGAUUUCUCAUCCAGCAAGGUACAUUUAGAUAUUCCAAGAGAUCACUCCGACCCGGAGGGAUCGUGUCGACGUUCUUUCCGGCUUCGAGUCCGCGACUGCUCCACGCUAGUCUCGCUCAUGACCUGUAAUCUACUUGAAUUUUUUAAUUUUUAGUUUUAAUUUUAAUUCGCUACUGUAGUCUUUCUCACUUUGUUUUUAUCUUAUGAGAAUUUUAUUUUUUUUUUUUACUUAUUUUUCGUGUUAUGGAAAACUCUAUGACGUAGAUGAAUAAUCGAUUUUUUAACGUGAUCUAUCACUUGUUCAGUGGGUUAAAUUCUGCUGCACGUUUUAUUCCGAGUAGGCUGAUACUUGGGAGAAAAUAUGGGUUACAAGCUAUUUUCAUUUUAUUAGAGAACAUGGUAUAACUUUUAUUUUUCUCAAAAAAUCAAAAAUGUCCGAGUAAAACGCGCAACCAUUUCGCAGCUGUAUCUCUCGCACUCACACAAGUGGUAGAUCACUUUGAAUCGACGGUUUUUUGUUCGAUUAAGGAUAUUUGGUACAGGCUUACAAUGUUGCCAUGCUAAACCAUACUGAAAACAUAAAAAAUUUCAAAAUGAUCGGAAUUUUAUAAAAUUUGGUGAACAAAUUCUUUAGUGCCAAAUUUGACAAU